AUGCAAUACACAGACACUCAUCACGAGCCGUCGUCAGUGUCUGCGCCAAGUGAUGGCUCUCGCACGCAUACACUAACCAGUGGCGCCACACGCGAUCUCGAAAACGAAGACGAGAGCGAGGCCCCGAGGAUAGUGGGCACUCUGAAAUUGCGAGGCGCGCAGUCGAAGAAGCAGCAGAGCAAGGCCAAAGUGGCUUGGGACGAGGAUGUGGUAGACAACGAAGGCUGCGGGAAAAAGAAAUCUAAGAUCUGUUGUAUCUAUCACAAACCUCGAAGAUUUGAUGAGUCUUCGGACGAGUCCUCGGAUUCUGCUGCAUCGGAUUCAGAUUGUUCUCAUGGCUCACCUGCAGACAAUGCUGGCCUCCGUUCACCAUCAACUCUCGGACACCACGUUACGAAUAUCCGAGGUGACGACGCAGAACCCAACGCAUACGAGGCAACGCCGAGCAGCGGCAAGAAGAGGCGAAACGUAUGA